AUGGAUUAUCGAAUUUUUGUGUUUCUCUCCCUGUGUCUUUUCUUCUCAUUCCCUGAUCUCUCCCAUUCUGCUCUCCAAUCCUCAGGAUGGAGCGGCGAUGAGAAGACAGAAGGGUCGGUGCUCAAAUUGACGACUGGUGCUUCUGCAGCUUCUUUUGAUCCUACUCGGGUCACCCAACUCUCUUGGCAUCCUAUGGCUUUUCUAUAUAGGGGAUUUUUAACAGAUAAGGAGUGUGAUCAUCUCGUUACCUUGGCUAAGGACAAGCUAGAGAAGUCCAUGGUGGCUGACAACGAAUCUGGAAAGAGUAUAGAGAGCGAAGUCCGGACAAGCUCUGGCAUGUUUCUACAGAAGGCACAGGAUGACAUGGUUGCUGGCAUUGAGGCCAGGAUUGCUGCUUGGACCUUCCUCCCUGCAGAGAAUGGGGAGUCCAUGCAAAUACUUCAUUAUGAGCAUGGCCAGAAGUAUGAGCCACAUUUUGAUUACUUUCAUGACAAGGUCAAUCAAGAACUGGGUGGUCACAGGGUGGCUACGGUAUUGAUGUAUUUGUCUGAUGUUGAGAAGGGUGGAGAAACUAUUUUUCCCAGUUCAGAGGAAAAAGGAUCUCAGCCAAAGGGUGAUGACUUAACUGAUUGUGCUAAAAAUGGCUAUGCAGUGAAGCCCAUGAAAGGCGAUGCUUUGCUGUUCUUUAGUCUUCAUCCUGAUGCAACUACAGACCCAUUGAGCUUGCACGGGAGCUGCCCUGUCAUCAAGGGUGAGAAAUGGUCAGCAACAAAGUGGAUUCAUGUAAGGUCUUUUGACAAACCAGUGACGAAGUUAAGUGGAGAUUGCGUUGAUGAGAAUGCAAACUGUCCCCAGUGGGCUGCUGCUGGUGAAUGUCAAAAGAAUCCUGUCUAUAUGGUUGGUUCUGAAGCGGAUGGUGGAUAUUGUAGGAAGAGCUGCAAUGCGUGCUCAUCUUAG